GAAGCAAGACUAAAGGAAAACAACACAAACUUUAAAUUUUUCUUGUUUCUUGGGCUAUUAUCUUGAUUAUGAAUAAACUGGUGAACAGCGUGUGUUGUAGGCUAUGGAGACAGACCGCGCAAUCACAAAAUCUCUAGUAACAAACUUCGAAAGGCUCUGAACACAUCUGUUCUUUAGUCUGCCCCAUGAAUCUCUACAGGAUUUUAUUCCGACAACUGUGUAUGUACAUAAAAAGGUUUGGGAUCAGAGAAUAUCGCUAUGCUGUACACGCCCAUCAGAGGAAGAACAAUUCGAAGGGAUGAAACGACUCACUAUUCUCCUCCGACAUAACGCGAUCCACAGUUUCCUAACGCUUCUUCUUCUCGUCUGCUGUUGCACCAAAUUGAACGGUGCGAAUCGCACUGUUUGCAAUUUGAUCUACUUUAAAAGCAGAGUCACUGACUACAGCUGGUACGCUGCUUCCGAAUAUUGUGAAAGCAUGGGCGGAGAGUUGGCAAGUAUCGAUACUGAGCAAGUUCAUGAGAUAUUUGUUCGUUAUCAAGACUUCAAUCCCAGCACUUCACUAGACUCGGAGUUCAUUUGGCUAGGGGCAUUCGGCCUUUUGGACGAUAUGAAAUGGACCAAUGGAAAGUUAGUGGUCGAUGGAUACCAAAACUGGGUAGCCGAUAACUCACCCGAGGACAAAAUGUGCGUUUCCAUUGACGCCAGGGUAGGUCUUUGGCAGAGUUCGGACUGCAACGGAGCCGCAGGGGUAGCCUAUUGUGAGAAAUGUGUAGUUAAAGAUUGUACGCAUGUUCAUUGUUCAUUCAUAUGCAUCUGUCGGAACGCUGUGUCAUGCGUGAAUGUGUCCUCAUCGUGUUCAGAAGGAUGCGUGCUGGCCGCGCUAAGCAAUAUUACCAAACUGGAUUGUUCAAGCCAUAGAUAUGGGCAGUCUUGCGAAAGUCAAUGCUUCUGUGAUCAAGAAGCCCCAUGUGACAGCACUCUUGGUCGUUGCCCAGGUAAUUGUCUUAAGGGCUGGCAUGGAUCCAACUGCGAUGAGACGUCUUGUCCUCAUAAAAAAUGGGGUCCUAACUGUGAACUUAAUUGUUUCUGUCGAAAUAGCCUUCAAUGUAACGAGGCGACUGGUGAAUGUUCGGAUGGGUGCAUAGAUGGUGUCAGCGGCGUCUCAUGCAAUAAGAGUCUAAUGUGUGCCGCUAACAGUUGGGGAGAGGAGUGUUCAAAAGCAUGCCACUGCGGUGGAAACGGUCACUGCAACUCUAAAACAGGACAAUGUUUAGACGAGACAGCGGAAUGCAAUCACGAGUUUCAAGGUUUGUCUUGUAGUGAGAGUGGGAAAAAUGCUUGCCCUUUGAAUACCUGGGGCUCGGCGUGCCAAUAUUCGUGUUUUUGUAAGGAUGUUCUGCCCUGUUAUCGCUCUAACGGCAAUUGUACAAAUGGAUGUCAGGACGGCGUGAAGGGCUCAGCUUGUAAUGAAACAAUCAGUAACUGUCCUCUGAAUCGGUAUGGGCUAGAGUGCCAGUUUGCCUGCCAUUGUGCUGAAAGCCGUCAAUGUCACCCGGAGACGGGCUUCUGCCUGACUAAAAACCAAACCUGUGACGAAGGAUGGCAAGGUGAAAGGUGCAGCAACACAGCGUGUCAAUUGUACUACUUUGGACCUGGCUGCCAAUAUGUCUGCAAUUGUGCUAAUAACAACCAAUGCCCCAUUGAUAUCGGUAUUUGUCCUGAUGGCAAAUGCAUAAGUGGUUGGACUGGUAUCUCGUGUAACGAAAGCGAAUGUGGCGAAGGACUGUAUGGCAAAGACUGUGAAGAAAUAUGCGAAUGUCCGCCUGAUGAAUUCUGUAAUAAACUGACCGGUAAGUGUGUGGUGACAGUGGCGACUACUGACAAACAGAAACUAAUGCAAUCCAGUGGAUGGACCACUCGUUUAAGUCUCAACAUUAUAGUUGUAUUGAUAUGGCUUAUAGUUUAUCAACUAACCAAGCUAUUGCUAUUUUUGAUGUAAUUCACUUUUAUUGCUAAUCAAUGAUUUUUUUACUCUUGUAUUUUUGUUGUAAAGCGAUAUCAUAUUAAAACCAACACAAUUUU